UGAGGGAGGAGCACAUUUGCAUUGUCGCAGAGACUCAGGGAAGGCUGGUGUGUGGAGAAGGAAGUCAGAAGAGAGGGACUGUGUGUGGGGUAGGUUUGCUAGAAAAUAGGUCAAAGACCGACUUUGUAAGAGAAAGAAAGAACAUCUGCAAGUACAAUGCUGUUCCUGCAACUUGUGUUGCUGGUGGUUCUCCUCCCAGGUGGUGACAGUGAAGAUGCCUUCCAGGAGCCAAUCUCCUUCCGAAUCCUCCUGACCACAUCUUUUUGCAACCGUUCCUGGACACAAAAUCAAGGCUCAGCUUGGUUGGAUGAGCUGCAGACUCAUGGCUGGGACAAUAAGACUGGUGCUUUCAUUUUUCUGCAGCCUUGGUCUAAAGGCAACUUCAGCAACGAGGAGCUGGUGGAAGUAGAAAAGUUAUUCUACAAAUACUCCAUUAGGUCUCCUUCAGUAUAUCAUAACCAUGUCAGUGAAUGGCAGCUUGAAUAUCCCUUCCAGGUACAGCUGGUGUUAGGCUGUGAUUCCCACUUUGGAGAAGCAUCAGUAGGCUUCAUGCGGAUUGCUUAUCAAGGUUCAGAUCUCGUGAGUUUCCAGAACACAUCAUGGUGGCCAUCUCCAAAGGGAGGAAGUAGGGCUCGGCAGGUCUGCACAGUAUUCAAUCAGUACCAUGUUUUCAAUGAAAUAGCACACAAACUCCUCAGCGACUCCUGCCCCCGGUUCCUGUUGGGUCUUCUUGAUGCAGGGAAGGCAUAUCUCCAGCGACAAGUGAGGCCAGAGGCCUGGCUGUCCACUGGCCCCAGUCCCGGUCCCGGCCGUCUGCUGCUGGUGUGCCACGUCUCGGGCUUCUACCCAAAGCCUGUGUGGGUGAUGUGGAUGUGGGGUGAGCGGGAGCAACGGGGCACCCAGCGAGGUGAUCUCCUGCCUCAUGCUGAUGGGACAUGGUAUCUUCAGAUGUCCUUGGAUGUGAAAUCCAGGGAGGCAGCUGGCCUGUCGUGCCGGGUGAGACACAGCAGUCUAGGAGGCCAGGACAUGGUCCUCUACUGGGAGCAGUCCCACUCCAUGGGCUUGGUCUUCCUGGUGGUGACAGUGCCCCUGGUACUUCUGGCAGGUCUGGCAUUGUGGCUCUGGAAGCGCUGGAAAACACACCAGAUACCUCAGUGUACUGACCUCUCUUCUGAGCGAGAUCCCAGCAGCCCAGGCUCCAGUACUUACCUAAAUCCAGCUCAAUGGUGACGUCCUUGCAACUCUCUGUGUGUAAUUUUGUCUUUCAUUUUUGCUUAAGGAUCGGUUGGCAAUAUAAGCUCAGUGUAAUUUUGGGUGAUUUCUUGUUCUGACUUGGUUCUGGAACUUAAGUGUCAAAAUUUAACUUGGUGUAAAAUGAUGUCCCAGCACCUACAUGGGUCACAGGCAUCAGAUGUCACUUCCUCCGGUCAGCCCUCCUUUAUUCAGAAGUGGAAGCAGUCUGUCUGGUGAGAACUUCCACCACAUUUUCGGGCACUUUGACAGUUCUGUUCCUGACCCCUGGUGCUUGUUUUCCCCAGUCAGGACCCUCAUCCCUUCUAAUUCUUAGGAUUCUUGAGAGAAAAGUCCAUGUUUUCUUAAUAUUUGUAUACUUGGCAAGGUGUCUCACCUGCAUGGAAAAUGUCCUCAAUAAAAAUCUGUGUUGAAUUUAUGCUAAA